CUCGUCCUCGCAACGACUACGCGUCCUCACGAGCGCUUCCUGGCGGAUGCGAUGUGUGCCUGGCUCGGAAUUUCAGUCUGUCAGGAGGUGCGCGAACAGAGGCUUGCAGCGGAAACGGAUUUCGAUCUCAAAAAAUCGGGAGAUGGGCGUGUUCCAAGAAGCAGUACAGAGAAUCGCACGUUGCAGAAGUUUGUCUUCCGAUUUUCGCGCACUUCCUAUGUUCAUCUUGCCGGUCGUGAUACUCUAACUCUAUCCGAGAAGAAGGUAGCAACAGCAACGAGUAACACUGAAGAUAUGAAAUCAACUUCUUUUUCGACGAAGCACCAUCACAGCUCCUCGGAGACAAAGUAUAAUUGCGUCGCCUUUUCUUCUUUGUUAAGUUUCGCGGCAGAUCCCGUCUACGUCGUGGAGUCACUGGAAGCAGACUCAGGCUGCGAUAUCUUCGUGAUUGCUGCUCUUCGACGGGACGAUAAGGUGGAGGACUUCGCGGAGCCGAGUUUGUUGCCAGAGGUAAGGAGCCCCGCAAGCGCAACAGGAGCGGGAGCUUCCAGGCAGAGCAAGCCACGACUGCAGCAGCACUACCGUGCGUGGACGAUUCCUGAGCUGGAUGCCUUCCUGAGUGAUUUUCAGGAUAGAUUACUCUUAGUCGGAUUGCAAACAGGCAUCUACCCGGAUGGGCAACUAGCAGUGCUUGUUCGGAAACAUUUGUUUACAGAAGGAAACGGAAAGGCGACACCAUCAGCAUCAGAGCGACCGGCGUUGGGUAACGGAAAGGUAUCACCAUUGGUAUCAGAGCGACCAGCGUUACAACCGGCUUCUUCGCCUUUCUCUCCUUGGCUUCUGCCCAUUCCUAAAUUGUUGGAGAAGCUGCCAUCCACCCUAACGCUCUACGAAUACGACAUGUCUAUAGGACGGGUGAGCGGAUCGCCGCUUUUUUCGGCGGAUAACUUGACGACGAUAGAUGCAGACCGUCUCUGGCCCUCUACAGCUCAACUCGUUGCAUUUGGUCAUCGCUCGCGACCUCGAGGGCCGCAUCCGUCUGCAGCGGAACAGCUAAAACUAUUUUCGCAUCGUCAUCAAGAUCAAGCGAUGAACCUAGACCUACAAACAAUAGCUAUUCCCCAGCACGGCUACUACACGAUCACCACGACAAAGCCAAUCCCACUCGUUCAUCCUCUACUUCGACCCGGAUGGCUCAGUCGAAGGCCGUUUGAUCGCUUUUUUCUACACGAGGACGCGCAAUUACAGCCAGCAAGCAGACUGAAACGCUUUUUCAAUGACCGGAAUUCGACUGACGAGCAUCAGAAAGAAGUGUAUGCUUUUGCAGCACUCUUAGUGUUAAGACUACAAUAAAUCCACUUUCGGAGGCAUCUUGCUCCCGUUUUUAAAGGGAAAAGAGGGCCCAAGAUACUGCUGCGGAUGUAUUUCCCUUGGUUCUAAUGGUGGAAAAGCUGGGCUUGAAGGAGGUCUUUGAUGUUGGUUGCGGCUCGGGAUGGAAACUCGUUCAUAUGUUGACAAAGGAAUGGUUUGCCACGGGAACAAGAACUGCGAAUCGUCUUGAUGCAACAUCCACAUCUACUUUACGACGAGUUUCGUCAACAGAGGAGCAGGACGAGGCAGAGACGUCUUCCACUAGUUCUACUGGUAGUACACAUAGUUGUACUAGUACUAGCACAUCUUGUUCACCUGGACCUGCUACAACUUCUACAACAAGUAGCACAACGCACGACACAUCGCGCGACACAUCGCACAACACAUCGCACGACACAUCGUCAUCGAUUUGGAAAGAGUUGCGCAAAACGGGUUUUGACGUGUUUCCUACGCUGGCUUUUCUUCGUCAAAGCUACAAAAUGAAAAAUUUGCGCUGGCUGACCGGAUCUGAGGAUUACAUCUUUGCGAAUGCGACUUCGAACUCGUCUCCCUGUCUCGUCCUCGCCUCCGACGUCAUCGAGCACGUGGAGGACCCUGGCAGUUUCCUCGAUUUUCUGACAGGCGAAAAAUUUGAAGUCUGCAACUACCUGCUGCUCUCAACCCCGCGGCGGGAGUGGGCGUCACCGGUAAUUCCGAAAAACGCGCAUCACAUAAGGGAAUGGGACUCAGUAGAUAUGGAUCGAUGUAGUUUUUGCCAUUUCUUUGUAGAUCAUCUUCGAGGCUCAGGCUCUGGCGCACCCUUAGGCUUAGGGUCUAUACGGGAAUGAUAUAGAUAUCUUCCACUCGAUGUUUCACACCGAAGGCGGAAAGAAGGGCAGCCUAGACUCAGACAGUCUACUGACUCAGAUGGAAAAACUACAUCCAUACUAGAGUUUCCGACCUGGUUAGCCGUCUUCCUGAGCAGGAAGGGGUGGGCGGUGGUGGAUUCCUUCGUGGGAUUGCAAAGGGCUGCGACUCAGGUGGUGUUUCUGGAAAGACGACAGAGACAUCUUCCAGCUACCUCGAUUGGCUGAUGAAGGGCACCGGAGGAGUUAGGUUCCUCGCCUGGCUGAAGAAGGAUAGCACCUUGCUUGGCUGAAGUAGAGGAAAGUUAGUAGGUUCCGCUGAACAAGUAAAAGAAAGAGCUGCUAGUUAGACUUGAAUGUAGUUGCAUACUAUGCAUUCCGAAACUCUCUCAGUUGUGGAUCAAUCUACGUCUUUGUGAGAUUGUUUACCUAGGUUUCAGAGUCAUCAUAGUUUUUAGUCACAAAAGAUUCACGCUAGUAGCGUCGGAACAAGAAAUCCACUCUGCAGCAUAUAAAUUUCCCUGUCUACAACUUAGUCUUAGAUGUCAUCCUCUGGCGGUGAUAUUUUUCAACCUUUUCCUCAUGGAUUUGGAUGCAAGAGGAAGAGCUUGAAAGAGUAUAAUUGGUAUUCUAUUAUUUUUCGAAAAAGAUUAAGAUACUCUCAAACGUUCAGGCGAC